AUGGAGGAAAUUAAGAUGGAAGUAAUUGGUUUUGGUCUUCAAGUUAUCAAGGUUAGUGACGAGGAGGUAGAGUUCUUAACCCAAGGGGAUGCAUCAGAUGAGAAGAACGUUUUAUCACUUUGGUUUGAUGGUUUGAAGUUGCUGUUGGUAACUGAUGGGGAGAAGGGGUGCAGAUGCUUCACCAAGACUUUCAGAGGAACUGUAGAAGGAUUCUCGGUGAAGACGGUGGAUACUACUGGAGCUGGUGAUGCCUUUAUUGGUUCAUUCCUUUACUCUGCUGCCAAAGAUUCUUCAGUUCUGGAGAACGAAUUGAAACUGAAGAACGCUCUUCAAAUGGCUAAUGCUUGUGGGGCUAUCUGUACAACUGUGAAAGGAGCCAUUCCAGCACUCCCAGACCAUGCUGCUGCGCAGAAGCUCAUCCUGGGUGCUGACUUGGGUGUUUAA